AUGAGACCACUCACAGCCCUCGUCCUUCUUCCCUUCGCAUUUGCCACCCCCCAUGCCACUCCCUCAUUCUCCAUCCCAUCCCCAACCGCCACUGCAACACCUUCCCUUGGACCAACGCCCCUCCCAAAUCCUACAUACCAUCAAUUGAACGAGCGAUGCACCUCGGGUAGCUGCGGUGGCCCGGGUGGGGAGAGCACCCUCGAAGCCAAUACCAUCACCUCCACCAUAGUCUCAACUACAUCUGUCCCGUGCUACAUUACCACUUUCGUCACCGACUCUACCACCUCAACAUCGACCGUCUACUCGACCUCAACGAUCACCUCCACAGAGACCAAAGAAGGCACGGUCUACAUUAUCCAAUACUCACCUACCCCUAUCGUGGGGAGCACGAUGGUAGAAAGUGUCGUAGAGAUGACGGUGAGCUAUUUGAGCUACUGGGUGUCGAGCGACGGGUCGUAUUCGGAGAGUACAUCGACGGGAGAGUAUGCCACCGUAGGUGGCGGAGGCGAUUGCGAGGCUUGUGAACAGGCAUCGUCUUCAGCGGCUGCCGGGGGUUCUGGAGGUUCAUCUGGAUCGUCGCAAGACAGUGGAUGGGGUUCCGGCUCCGGCGGCUCGCUCUCUAGCUCAAACGGCGACGAUACGUCUUCCGCCCAAACAAUUGGCAGCGGCUCAGCAGAUGGCGGCUCCGCCUGGACUCACGCAACCAACGCCAAUAACGCCGCAGGGAUCUCUGCUACUGCCACCGCUGCUGAUGCUAGCAAUGCAGGGUGGGGCAACAGUGCUGGGUCAAAAACGGCUGUUGGCACGAGCGGGUCGAGUGAUGGGUGGGUUAAUGGGAGUGCGGGGGAGAAGAUGAGGCCGAUGAGGCGAUGGGGAGUCAUUGUAGCGGUGCCGUUGAUGAUGGCGGGGUACUGGUCGGUAAGUGUUUACUGA